AUGCAUAAUCAUACCAUUUUCUCCGUCCUGUUAAUGCCGUUGGGGGUGGUGAAGGUCAACCCUCACUCUGCCUACCUCAAAACGACGAGGCAAGUCUCUAAACAGUCACCUUCAGCAUCUUCCUUCACCGUUCACAAUUCAACGAGAAUAGAAUUUGUUUAUUCGUCACUAUAUCUGCCUUUGUAUUCCCGUUAUUGCUACUCCAGAAGUGGACUCAGUGGUGUUCUCGUCGUCUUCGAUCCCUGCCAGCACGCCUCACUCAUCAGGGAAUUUUAUUUAAUCAUUCCCCAUAUCUAUCUCCAUUCUCUUCUGAUUGUCCCAUCCGAGGCUUAA